AUGGCUUACGCCCUGUCUAACUCCUUCGUGGGCGAGUCGCUGCUCUCCAGCUUCAACUGGUUCGACGGCAAGGACCCGUCCAAUGGCUUCGUCUCGUACCAAAGCAGGGCCAAUGCCGAGGCGCUCGGUCUGUUUUCCGUCGACGAGACGACGGGCGUGGUGAGGCUCGGGGUCGAUUCCUCUCGCACAUAUGGCCAGGACCAGGGACGGCCGAGUAUCCGCCUCGAGAGCAAGCAGUCCUUUGAUGACGGGCUCUUCAUCGCCGACUUUCUGCACAUGCCGCCGUCACAAUGCGGCCUCUGGCCAGCCUUUUGGACGUACGGCACCGACUGGCCCGCGGGCGGCGAGGUGGACAUCAUCGAGGGCGUCAACACGGCGCAUCAGAACAUCAUCUCGGCGCACACGGCCGACGGAUGCAAGCAGAGCUCAUCGCUGCAGCGCAUGUACUCGGGCUCGCAGCGCAACGAGGACUGCGCCGUGGGCAGCCAGAACAUUGGCUGCGGCUUCACGCCCUCGGGCAACAGCUCGUCGUCGUACGGCGACGGGUUCAACGCGGCGGGCGGCGGCGUGUACGCCAUGGAGUGGGACAACCAGCACAUCAAGGUUUGGCACUUCACCCGCAACGAGAUCCCCGACGAUAUUGGCCGGAAGCGCCCGAGUCCGAGCAGCUGGAGGCUGCCAGACGCCGUCUUUGGCGGCUCGAGCUGCGAGGUGGACAAGUUCUUCAAGCAGAUGAGCGUCGUCAUCAACAUUAACUUCUGCGGCGACUACGGCAACGCAGCCUGGGGCAAGUCGGACCAGUGCAACAACUUUGCACAGACGUGCACCGAAUAUGUCGCCAACAACCCCAAGGCCUUUGCCAACGCCUACUGGGACGUGCGCUACAUCGACACGUACCAGAAGUCGGGCCGGGACCGGCCCGAGCCGACGACAACCAUCACGCCCGUCAUCGCCUCGCCGACGACGGCGCCGGGCGGCUUCCCCGCGCCCGGACUGCCUUCGUCCAUCGUCGCCGGCGGCGUCACCAUCCCCGCGGUGCCGCCGGGCCACGUCAACCGCGCCAAGGUCGGCAACUUUGCGUACCUGGGCUGCUUCGGCUCGAGCGCGGGCUUCCCGACGUUUGUCAAGGCCGACGAGAGUCCCGCCAUGACGCUCGCGCGGUGCACCAGCGCGUGCGCGGGCAAGACGCUCGCCGGCGUGUACCAGAGCGCGUGCUACUGCGCCGAGGCGCUCGAUGCCGAGACGCGCGCCGUGAGCCCCAGCGAGAAGCGUGGCGGCGUGUGCGACCAUGUGUGCCCCGGCGACCAAGCCGAGUUUUGCGGCGGCAACGUCCGCGGGAACAACAAGAAGAACGACACCGGCGCGGCCCCCGUUCGGCGCGGGAGGCCGCUCCCCCGCGCCGUCCCGGACAGCCGCAACCUCCUGCUGACCGUCUACGGUGUCGUCGAAAGCAACGCCCUGCCCCCGAUGGCGCCGCCCAUGGCGCCCGCCUCCCCAACCAUCACGUACACCGCCGUCGUCACCGCCACCGAGAUGCGCACCGUCUACCCCCUACGGGCCAUGCACACAAAGGUCGUCCACGCCGCCGGCUGCGGAUGCGACGAUGACGACGACGACGACGAGGUGCCCCCCACGCCGACCCGGACGGUCACCCCCUUGGCCAACACCUUGGUCGUCCGCCCAUCGGCCAGCUGCAACGGCAGCAGCACGACGACGCGCACGAGCGGCGACCACCCGCCCGUCGUCACGGCCGGCGCAUCCGCCCUGCGUGAUCGCGCGACGGCCCUCGUGGCUGCGGCGGCGGCAACGACGACUAUGAUGAUGCUGGCGCUGGCGCUGCUUUUGUAA